AUGGCGGAGGACGAGCCGAAGCCGACCCAGCUUGACGUGCCCCUGGUCCUGGAUGAGGACCUGACCAAGCAGAUGCGGCUGCGCGUGGAGAGUCUGAAGCACCAGGGGACGCUCCAGGAUGGCGAGAAGCUGCUGCAGCCGGUCGAGCCCAUGUACCGCGUCGGCUUCAGCCAGCAGCAGAGGCUGCGGUUUGAGCGCCGGGACGUCGUGCUGGACAAGCCGGGCAAGGUCACCAUCACGGGCACCUCCCAGAUCUGGACGCCCGACCUCACCAACCUCAUGACGCGGCAGCUGCUGGACCCCGCUGCCAUCUUCUGGCGCAAGGAGGACUCGGAAGCCAUGGAUUGGAAUGAGGCCGACGCCCUGGAGUUUGGGGAGCGCCUGUCCGAGCUGGCCAAGAUCCGCAAGGUCGUGUUCCUCAUCACCUUCAGCGAGGGCGUCGAGCCUGCCGACCUCAAGGCCUCCGUGGUCUUUAGCCAGCUCUGA